CUCUCUCUCUCUCUCUCAAUAUUCAACUUCAAGCACUAAACAACUUUCUUGAAUUACACCCACCAAGUGUUCAUAUUCUUCUUCUUCUGCAAUUUCAAACACAAACACAGAGAAACUCACACUUUUUUGUUUCUUUCUCGCUAUCUCUUUACUGGGUUUUGAAAAUGGGAAGCAGAAUCCCAUCGCACCAGCUCAGCAAUGGACUAUACGUGUCGGGUCGACCCGAACAGCUCAAGGAACGACAACCCACACUCGGGUCACGAGCCAUACCCUACACCGGUGGCGAUGUCAAGAAGUCAGGUGAGCUCGGAAAAAUGUUCGAUAUUCCAGUUUCAGACCGCCCACCUCCGGUUCUUAAGCUUAAUCGUGCAUCAUCUUCUUCACAACACAGUAGUAGCGGAUCCCUUAGAUCCGGCCCGAAUUCCGGGUCCGGUCCCAUCCCUAAACGAACUUCCGGGUCUGGACCUAUGGCGGUUCCGACGGGUUUACUUCUAACUUCCGGUCCACUUGGAUCGAACGUUGGCCGGAGAUCCGGUCAGUUGGAGCCACCGGCGGUGAGUUCGAAAGGGAAGACAAUUUACGGUUCGGCGGUGACGACGUUAGGGUAUGAUGACAUAAAGUUAGGGUUUAAGGUAUCCAAAAAGCUAAUGUGGAUGUUUUUGGUGAUGGCGGUGAUUGGUUUAAUGGUGGGUACCUUUUUAAUGGUGGCGGUGAAGAAGCCUCUGAUUCUGGUGGCGGUGGUGGCAGUUUUGAUACUCGCCGGCGUCGUAAUUUUAUGGAAUUGUGCUUUUAAGAAGAGAAGAUUGCUGUCGUUUUUACGAAAAUACCCCGACGCAGAGCUUAGAGGCGCCAUUGAUGGCCAAUUCGUCAAAGUUACUGGGGUUGUCACAUGUGGUAGUAUUCCUCUUGAAUCAUCGUUCCAGAAAGUACCGAGGUGCGUUUACGUUUCUACGGAAUUGCAUGAAUACAAAGGAUGGGGUGGGAAAUCGGCAAAUCCUAAUCACCACUGUUUCUCCUGGGGAUGCCGGAAUUCCGAGAAAUACGUAGCGGAUUUUUACAUAUCGGACUUCCAAUCUGGGCUACGGGCCGUGGUGAAAGCAGGUGCUGGAGCCAAAGUAGCGCCUUUUGUUAAAGAAACCACGGUGGUGGAUAUAACCAAGGAAAACCGAGAAUCGUCUCCAACCUUUAUGAGCUGGCUUGCAGAUCGCAGCCUGUCAUGUGAUGAUCGUGUUAUGCGUCUUAAAGAAGGAUACAUUAAAGAAGGGAGUACCGUUAGCGUGAUGGGGGUGAUAAGGCGACACGAUAAUGUGCUCAUGAUCGUUCCACCGGCAGAGCCCGUGUCCACAGGCUGCCGAUGGGGUUGCGGUCUUCUCCCAACCUACGUCGAAGGUCUUGUGUUGACUUGCGACGAAAGUCAAAAUGCUGAUGUCAUACCUGUCUAAAGUUAUUUCGCAAUGUCAGCAUCAUCUUUCCGCUUUAAGAACGCUCCCCGUCGAAGUAUAUAUAUCGUGAGCUUAUUCUAGAAGAAACAACGAAACUUGAAGCUCAUUUUAUGUAAAAAACUGGAAGCAAGAAUUGCAAUGAGAGGUUGAAGAUGAAGAUGAAGAUGAAGAGAAGAAAUCCCAUCAAAUAUUAUGGAAUUUCAGCUAAGGUUUAUGUAUAGGUGUUGGAAAUGAGUUAAAUUAUAAAUAUAUAUAUGAUUUGUGUAUUGUAUUGGCUUAGUUUUAUGCAUUUUCUUAAUG